AUGAACCAUUCAGUUUACUCACUACUCUUUCUACUCACCUUUUCCAUAAAAUAUCAACAAAUCGCAAAAGCCAGCAACCUUAACAUCGUCAAGCAUUUUGGUGCAAAACCCGACGGCAAAACCGACUCCACCAAAGCCUUCCUCGCCGCAUGGGACUCUGCAUGCGCCUCAAUAAAAAAGGCCACUAUUUAUAUUCCUCCCGGCCUGUAUUUUAUUCAAAGGGUUCAGUUUUAUGGCCAGAAAUGUCGUAAGAGAUUUAACCAUACCAAUAAUAAUGAUCAGUACGUCGGAAUUGUCAUUCGGAUAGAUGGUGUGCUCUUAGCUCCCACAGAUUAUAAUAAUAAUAAUGUGACUACUUCAAAUUGGCUUCAAUUUCAAAGGGUUCAUCGUCUUUCUAUCGUCGGAUCAGGAACUCUUGACGGAAAAGGCUCUGCUUUAUGGGAUUGUAAGGCCGCCCACAACUCACCCAUAAGUUGCCCCGUCGGACUUACGACAAUGGGUUUUCAAGAAUGCAAGGAUAUAACAAUAAACGGAUUAACAUCAAUAAAUAGUCAAUUUUUUCAUAUUGUAUUAAAUAAGUGCCAUAAUGUGAAGAUGAAAGGAUUAAAGAUCAUAGCUCCUGCUAACAGCCCUAAUACCGACGGUAUUCAUGUCCAGCUUUCGUCUAAAGUAAGUAUACUCCAUACGAAGAUUGCGACCGGAGAUGAUUGUAUCUCGAUCGGUCCAGGCAGCUCCGAUAUCUUGAUACACAAUAUUGUUUGUGGCCCGGGCCAUGGCAUAAGCAUUGGAAGUCUAGGAUGGGAAGUGAAAGAGCCAGGGGUAGAGAAUGUGACAGUUAAGACAGUUAUAUUAUCAGGAACACAAAAUGGUUUAAGAAUAAAGACAUGGGGAAGACCUAGCAAUGGUUUUGUUAAAAAUGUCAUUUUUCAAGAUGUCUUCAUGUCUAAUGUCCAAAAUCCCAUCAUCAUUAACCAGAAUUACUGCCCCCACAAUAUAAAUUGUCCUGGCCAGAACUCGGGGAUAAAGAUCAACAACGUGUUGUAUAAGAAUAUAUAUGGAUCUUCGGCUACCAAGGUUGGAGUGAGGUUCGAAUGUAGCAAAAGUGAGCCUUGUAGUAAGCUGAAGACAGAAAAUGUAAAUCUUACCUACGAUGAUGAGCCAGCUGGAGAUUCAUGUGUUAAUGCUUUGGGUUCGGGACCAACAACUUCUUGUUUGGUAUAGUCGACACACAAUGCUUAAUUAUAUAUAGUAGAU